CCCCUUCUCUCCUUGAAUCACGUCGCCUUCCCACAUCAACAGAAACAGCAGUGAUGCACGCCGAGCUGCCUCGAUGAUUUCAAAUUGAAUCUAACCAGCGCCUUCCCCAGAUAUUCCACAGCACCUCCAAAGACAUCUUUAUCUUUGGCAAGCAGGAUAAUGCCAAUCUGAAAUCGACCAUGGACACCGUGUCUACACUAAGCACCAUCACUUCAUCCACUGCCACGGCGCCCUCGUCGGCAUCUCAGCAGCUUACUUACACCACCGCCGGCACACUUUACAACCCCAGCUCUUCCCAGCCUCUGCAGCCCCCUACUCGCAGAGGUCGCUCCCUCAAGUGGGCGGCCGGGGGCCCUCACGGUAACCUGGCGCUCCUGCCGAAGUCGUUCCUCGCAACGCUGCCGCUCAAGGCCGGUACCUGUCGUACUACCGCGGUUCAUCAGUAUACUCCUCUGCAGCAGAACUACGAUCGUGCCAGCACUCCAUUCAACGACCCCGAUCACUUUAGCGCCAACAUGUCGGCACAGGUCCCUCGUCUGCGCGCUGGUGACACCACAUUCACCUCUUUUUUCUCUGAACUCGAGCGAGACAAAUACACCGAUGGGGAUGCGAGCGAAGAGAGCGACGAUGAAAGUGACCUGGGAAUGGAUCCAUUGAUGAACAUGACGGUAAAGUCUCUUCACAACCUGGCUUCGUACCCAAAUCCGAACCAGAAGAGGGCUCAGAAGGCCCUUCUUCGCGGAGCAAAGCCAACGCUGAACGGCUUGUCCGAAGUGAUUCGCAAUCAUGCACCACCCUCUCCCCGGAACCGGUCUUUUCAACCUGAGAUCCUGAAGAGGGUUUCCGUCUCGCCUACAUCCUUGAGACCGGCUCAGUCGGAUCCCAUUGCCCUCCGAAAGGUUCAGGAAGAGUCUCACCUCAAGCCUGGCUUCAACCGGUCGACAACCUUUCAGCUUGAAAGCUCGCCGUUGAGCGAGAUGACUAGCCAUGGCAACACUACUCACCCGACAUCUACCCCCACAUCCACAUCCACGUCGACUACCACAUCGAUGACUCUGGCGUCCGGGCCUGGUGUGCCCCAGCCUUUGACUGCUGGGCCUCCCGGCCAACGCCAGUAUCGCCCAUCGACAUUUGAAUCAACAUUUAAGGCUCUGCAACCAAACGUCGCGUCGCGAAAUGGCGGGAAUGAUGAUGACGACGACGAUGAAAACAUGUCUGCCUUGACCCGGCACACCUUGGUGCAGGCUGGCAUCGAUGAUUUGGAGUUUGUUUCGGAUUCCGCUUCGUCGGUGUACAGAGCUGCUGGAUCCUCGAGCCCCGAGGCUCGCCCAAUGGCAGUCCUGAAGAAGAUGAUUUCGUCCACCGACGAUGUGUUUGCGGGCACCAAUGACCAGCAUGCCAUGAUGGCUUCGUGGAACCAGGAGCAUCGAUAUCACAAGGGAAUGUUUCUACCCACCUGGACAUGGCCAUCCGAGUCCUUUCACACAAAUUGGACUCCUCUUUCGGCCAGAAUGGCAGGACCGUGGAAGCCUGGGACUGACCGCCUGACAGACGAUGUGAUUGCAGCUCGAAAUGAAAAGAUUAACCGGGACUGGCACGCCGGUGCUGAUUUCUUGGGCAAGACCAUGGAAGACGUUGUAGAUGAGGCACGUCAUCGAGGGGCAGGGAAGACAUUUGGGGCUAUUGGAGAUGGUCGUCCUCUGAAGACCAAAGACAAGUACGGGCCAAUCGAUGUUACCGAAGCCAACCGAAUGUCAGUGGCGGAACAUGCCAAACCAUUGUUGAACAUGGCAUUUGCAUCGGUGCUCCGGCAUGUGGAGGUGGAUUCGUGUAAGAGCGGGUUGCUGCAGACGGAGAAGCGGGCAGAGACAUCGGGUGAGCAGGCAGGUGGGCGAGCGAGUGGUCAGGCGGUCGGACAAGGCAACUGGGGUAGCCAGUCGUUGUUUGGAAAGAAGGUCGAUGGUGGGCAGUAAG